AUGGCAUCGCAGACAGGCUUCUGCAGAGAUGGCUGUAGUUUCGACACGAUGGACAUUGAUUGUAGCAUGGCGUUUCGUAUGGUGGAAUCAACGAUCAAAAGGAUUAUGAGUGGGCUUCGAGAGCGCAGAGAAAAUGAGAUGGCUUUUGCGGGCCUGAUCAAAACCGAUCUUGCGGUGUCAGCAGUGGUGCACUCACAACACAGGUGUUCCAAAUUUCUCACCUCGGUCGCACCACACAGUAAUGCAUCCUCCUCAUCACAAAUUCCCUACUCGUAUCCUUCGACAGCGCCACUGCUCCCCCAGCUUAGAAGCAUCCUUCAGGGGCUGGAAGAGCUGUCACUGCAAGAAUCUCCUCAAGCCGCAUCGACACCGUUUGCCGCUCCCAGCAGAACAGGACAGGCUAUCUCUGAUCUUACAAGUGACGCGGUCACAGGUCCCACACAUCACCCACUGACCACAUUGUCAUAUCCUGAAUUUCCAGAUAUUCAAGCUUCAGCGCUUUCCCAUCAUCGUAACCAAGCAAGGCGUGAAUUGCAUCGCAAAGCAAAAGCGAACACAUUUUCAUCUCUCCCAGAAACUCGAAAUUGUGAGUCGCGCAAACGAGCAGAAUCUGUGGCCGAGUAUCGAAGAGCUGCUAACCGGCUCAGACACAACAGGCCGACUGCCUUUGGACCAGGAAAGAAACAGAAUCUGCCCUCGCACAGCGGUCUCGAGGUAACAUCGAACCUCCCACGACCCAUAACUCCUGAUCUUCUCGAAUUCCACUCAGCUUCCAGUCUCAUACAGAAAGGAUCGUUGCCAACUUCUCUUGGAGACCUCGAGGAGCUUGCAAGUCUCGUUCCAUUGCUAUCCCACUGGUUUGCUCCAAGCAUGGCUUCCGAGUCUGGUGAAAAGCCGGGACCGAAAGACAUGGCAGCUAGACGAACAGACACGCCACCCAGAUCAAUCUUCGACGAUUACCAGUCUGCUUAUCAGAGUAUCAUCUCUCCUGAUCGAGCCUUCUCGGGAGCAUCGAAGGUUGGCGAAGCUGCAAACUCUUCUAGUGCACUUUCCGAUUUGUCUCCACCAAAGAACCCAUUCGCUGACCUUUCUCCUCCUUCUCAUGGCACACGGAUCGCAUCUCUUCCUGAAUCAAGAGACAGACGCAGUUCUAGACUACCAAACAGCCCAAGGCCCAAGCGUAGAACAAAUCUCUUGAGACCGAUCAGCGUAUCGCCUCCAUCUGGUCAUGCUAUAAGACCCGCCAGCAUGGUAAAGCAUGAUUCCAAUUCAAGCUUUGAUUUCGGCAGCCCCCGACGACUGAAUCAGGAUAGAAGUCCCAACACCAAGCAGCCAAACCUACAUGGAGCUCGCGGCAGAGUAGAGAAAUCCAGUAUCAUUGGGAGCAUUGUGAAGAGACAUGGCGAUGGGUCUGACUGCAGAAAGAGGAGCACCGAGAGUGGUCGAGAGGUUGAAGUCGAAAAUUCUCUUGACAUUUCUAGCUCCCGCCAAAGCGUACUUGAUGAUCCAGAUGUACUGAGAUCGUCUCCUGCUGGCCAAGCACCGGCCAUUCCACUUCCUCCGGAUCCAUCAUGUGUUGUUGCCAAAGGUCUCAUUGGUGAAACUCUAUCUGAGAUUUCUCUGUACGAGAACACCGAGAAGUUGCUUAAUUUGACACAAGCAAGUGGCACAGAUACUCCUGCAGGAAGAAAGGCUUCUGGAUCACCAGUCAAACCUGCUAACAGCCAGAAAGGUGUCCUCACCAGCGAAUUCUCUUGGAUGGGCAAUAAGGGCAAGACCAGCUUCCGUGACCUCUCCACUAAAGAGUUGAACCAGCUUCGAAAGUCGGUUCAUGAGCAACCGGGAGAAUUGACCAGCCAGAGUGUAAUCGAUCCCGUGGGCAACGAACCAUACAAUGAUCAAUAUCUUCUUUCUAAUGCAACGUAUCAAUCACCACCUGCAGGACAACGAUCCACCACAUCUGAUGAGCUUGUAGAGGCUGACGCUCGCGUCGCCCAACUUCUUUCAGAGCGCCUCGCAACUCAUUCAUCCGAGCAAGAGCAAAAAAGCUUUAGUGAGCCGCCUGCUUCUGACCUGCAGAACCCCAAAGCUGGUGUGGAUAACACGGGUGACCUUGAUUCUGACUCUGUCCUCGACUUCGGUGGCCUUCAAAGCUCAUCGAGUCGUGGCGUUAGCCUUGAUGUCGCUCUCAAAGAUGGGUUGUUUAGGCCAGGAUUGUACAUGGAUGAAAGCUCUAUGGUCUCUUUAGUUGGCCGUGAAAGCGCUGAAGCUGAACGAUUGAGCGCUGUUGCAAAGGGUAAACAGGUUAUUAGAAGCGUGAAGAGUGAGGAAGAAGACGAUCUGUUCACCGAGGGAGACGGAAAUGAUGGUGGAGAGUGGGAAACCGUAGGAGAAAGUGGGAUGCAAAGAGAUCUGCAUACCCAAGUAUCCAUCGGUCGUGACACCUCUGGAAGCAGCCUGGCAAAUGUGUCCAGUAACGAAAGUGCUGAACAAAUCAAGGCUGCUCCCUCACCCUGGGAUCCAUUGAGGUCGCAUCCGACGUUCAUCACACCACCAACGAAGGCUCUCGUUCACCGAUAUCGACGAAAUGGUAAGACUUUAGAGGUUCAAGAUCCAGCAACAGUGCCGAGAUAUGUCCCUCCGCAUUCUGAAGGGCAUCCACUGCCGAGACUGAAUAGGAUAUCAUCGCCUACCACUGCGUUGCCUAACAUCGUAACACCACCAAAUCAGUGCAGAACAGAGAAUUCGCCUAGUUACCGCCACCCAACACCGCUUAGUGGUAAACACCAGAAUCCAUUCAUCUCUUCGCCUCCCCCUGUCAACGUUAACACUCCAGGUUCAUCUUUUGAGUUGAGCGAAUUAUCAAGUAAACGUACCGACAAACAUCAGGCUAUCCACGCUGACUCCCCUCAUCCUCUACACCAAACGCACACUCCAACUCCAAACACGACCAAUAAUCAUUCUGAAAAUCCUUUUGACACAGAAGACACGUGUUCUGACGUUUCUGAGGACGGUUCUUACUUAACAUUCUAUCCCACAAAUCUCACAGUGGAUGGAAGCAGCAUUCUUCACCCAAAUUCGCAACACACACCCAAAUCCGCAAAAUCAUACACACCCGGUUCUAUCAAGAGAACAGAACAUUAUCUAACAGGAAGUCCAGGAUUCAAAAUGCCUGAAUCACGACGCUAUCAACGUAUCCGUGAGGAAUUAGGCUGUGACACAGGUGGCAUUACCCGUGUUCCUGGCACGCAACAAACCGCGCCUCCCCGUGCACACAUUGAGGAGGACCUUAUCAGAGCUAUGAACCCAUUUCGCUCUGCCAACCCUCUGCCUGACUUGCCAGCAUCCAACGACUUUGGUUUGACCUUCAACAAACCUCUGACCCGCUCAAGCACAGACAAUCAAAUCGCUGAACGCAUGAUCAUAGCUCAAGACAACAUGAAUAUCCUCAAGAAGAAGUGUCCUGAAUUCCCCUUCAACGACUCAAUGCUCAAGCUCGUCUUCCGUAAUAAAGAUGGCACCGCAACAGAUCGUCCCAAAGCUCUACGAGGCACAAAGUACGAAGAAGACGGCCGCAUAUUCGAGCAAGCCUGGUGUGAUGUCCACAAUCGCUGGGAAUUCUCUCAUGCUCCACGUCUCACCAAGCGAAUCCCCAAAGACGACCCCAAGAUCCAGCGGGAGAUGGGACGGCGGAUUGUCCUCUGGCUCUUCCUGUCAGUCAUUGGCUGGCUUCCUCUUAUCUUCUUCGUUGCCUGGGACCCCGGUCACGUCCGUGACGAUGUGAUGCGUGAGUGGACGAAGGGGACUUGCCAAACCUUCCACAAGAAGGAGAUCCUCCUGGCCAGAAUGCUGACCGGGUUUAUUGGCGCGGUGGUGGCUGUGGCGUUGGCUUUGGUGGGCGUGUACCUUUAG